AACUGAAGGUUUGACACUUGAAAGAUUUCUCUUGAGGAAUUGAACUAGACGUUGAAGAUAAUGAAUGUUUCAAAUAUUUGUUUAUUGUUCUUUUUAAUAGACGUAAAUUUUUUUAUAUGGAUGUAUUUGAACGGUUUUUAUAAUUGUGAUUGUGAAGGGAAUAUAGAAGAAAAGUAACAGCAUUGGAAAAUAACUUGACCUGCUCGGAGAAUUUCAUCCACGACAAUGACGACCUUUGACUUUUUUCCAUUCGAACAGUUUGGAUUUGGAUCAGAAAUUAACGAACAUGGCAAUAACCAGCUCCAUUUCUUGCACAAUAACGAUUACUCCGAUAUAUCAGUGGAUUCCGAAGAUUUGGAAUAUGCUCCGCAGUCAACAUUUUCUUUCGAAACUUCAAACGAAACACAUCUGAAAGUUCCAAAGAACGACCUGCAAUGGCAAUCUGUUGUACGGAAAAAUAACUCCAGAAACUUGUUUUCGGAAAAUGUUGGAAGUAUACAGAGAUACAUCCACUCAGCAAUUCAUAAUGCAACUCCUGAAAGCGGAUAUCAAUCUUCUACUCCACUUACUACAACCAAUAAUGUGGAGUUUCUGCCGGAAGAACGGUGGCAAAACGUCGAUACAAGCUUCCUAAGUGACAUUUCCUACCAACCAAUCAGUCCUCUUGAAGAUGGGACUGGGAUCAAUCAUGAUAGUAGCUCAAUAGAAGAACAAAAUAAGAUAAUAUUAGACCUCGAUGAAGUUUUUUCGAAUAUGGCGUCAGAAUGUGUAGAGAAGAUAGAGGAGGAACUCAAAAAGAGCGGAAAUGAAGUAGACUCCAAUGGAACUUCCAUUUUAGAGUUCGAACAACUUCCUGGUUGGAUGUAUUCUUCAGUUGAGAAUGGAACUGGUGAUUCCACCUCAAAGAAUCUAGUUGAACUGGAGCUAUCACAAAAAGGUGCUUCUACUACUGCAGGAACCAAAAAGAGAAAAACUUUCAGCAAAUAUCAGCUAACGGAACUCGAAACACACUUUUCUCUGAAUCCAUAUCCGUCAAAGGAAGAAAUAGAAAAUCUUGGUGCUGUAAUGGAAGUCAGCAAAAAACGGUUGAGAAUAUGGUUCCAAAAUAAAAGGCAGAGAGUAUCCAGGAGAAAAAAACUAUUAGAAAAGAUUUAUAAUAAUUGAACCUCUGAUGGCUUGCCAAAGAGGUGAAACAAUUUCAAUAACGAGUAAUAAUAAUAGUAUUUCGAAACUGACGACGACUGAUGUACUCAGUUUAUGUUUCUUUGUAUUUUGUAUAUAAUCGUUCGAUAUUUUUAUCAUCUGUAUAUAUACAUUUCGUGCAUGUCUGUAUAUAGCUGAAUAUUUGGUGAUAUAAUUGAGUUUUCAGAUGUAUUUUCGUGUUACUGAAAACUGUGUGACACCCAGUCAUUAGAAUUGAACGGGUGAUUGUGAGGAUUGGAAGAUGUCAACUCCAAUUUGAAAUGAAAUUGGUCCAAGAUUCAUCAACUUUUGUCUUCACUAUAAUUGAUGAGAGAAAAAUCAAUUUUGUACCAGUCUUUCAAUGAUAGAUUUUCCAGUCCUAACAUAUGUUAUACAUUUUUCAAAAUCCGUGAGAUUGAAAUAAAAACCUUUUUCGUCAAGUCUA